GCCUGGACACGUAGUGUCAAUCUUAAUUGCCUGUAACCAGUUAACAGAGAUCCCAUUGAAGGAGGCAGCAUGCAAUAAUGGCAGUCAACGUAGUUGCUAUAAUUGUCCUUGUCAUUUUCUACCUGGCCAUAUUGGUUGUGGGCGUGGUGGCGGCAUGGAAGGUGAAGGUCAAAAGCAAAGAAACUGGCGUGACUGGUGGCCUGGAGACUUCAUUGGUUGCUGGUCGAGACUUAAAGACCAUUGUAGGAAUAUUUACAAUGAUAGCUACAACAGUGGGAGGGGGUUAUAUUAACGGAACAGCUGAGUCCAUAGCACGAGAUGGAAUCAUUUGGACACUGGCACCCUUGGGCAUUUUUAUUGGACUUAAUAUGGGUGGAGCACUGUUUGCUAAGAGGAUGAGAGAGCAGGAAUACUUGACCAUGCUGGACCCCUUCCAAAAGCAUUAUGGGAAUGUGGUCACCAUUCUUGUUUACUUUGCCAGCCUAAUGGGUGACCUGCUGUGGAGUGCCUCUAUACUUAAUGCAUUAGGUACAACACUGAGUGUCAUCGCUGGCUUUGAGCUGUCCACGGCUGUGAUAAUGUCGGGCUCAGUGACCAUCAUCUACACCACCAUUGGCAGCAUGAUAUCUGUGGCCUACACAGAUGUGGCUCAGCUGGUUUUAAUUGUUGUAGGACUGGUGCUAAGUCUCCCAUUUAUUUUUACCAAUGACAGCAUUGGUGACUUAAUGGACAGUAAAGAUGUCUGGCUAGGUCAGGUUGACACGGAUAUGUGGGGUGUAUGGGGAGAUCUGCUUGUUGCUAUGACUUUAGGCACCAUCCCAUGGCAGUCGUACUUCCAGCGUGUGCUGUCUGUGAGGAGUGCCAGACAAGCCCAGGUUUUGUCCUUCAUUGGUGCUUUUGGUGCCGUCGUCCUGGUCAUUCCCUCAGUCAUGAUCGGUAUGGCUGGAGCCAGCGCAGACUGGGCUAACACGACCCUGGGAUCAUCUCCUAUAGGAACCAACAAGUCCAGUCUAAUCUUGCCUCUAGUGAUCAAUGAGUUCACACCUUCAGUCGUGUCUGUCUUUGGCCUUGGUGCCAUCUCUGCCGCUGUGAUGUCAUCUAUGGACAGCGCUGUAUUGGGCACCAGUUCAAUGUUUACACACAACAUCUAUGAAGUCAUGUUUAGGCCUAAGGCUUCCAAGAAAGAACUCAAGAUCAUGCAUAUCAGCGCAGUAAUAUUUUUUGGCUGCAUGUGCAUGCUGAUCGCAUUAUCGUCCAGCGUCAUUUAUGGAAUGUUUAUCCUGGCCGCGGACUUCGUCUUUGUCAUCAUCUUCCCCCAGCUGACUGCCCUCUUAUACUUUCCUAAAUAUACAAACACUGUUGGCUCUAUCGCUGGAUUUUUCUUUGGCCUGCUUUUGAGAGUGGGUGCUGGCGAAUCUGUGAUCAACAUGCCAGUUUGGAUUUUUUUUCCAUUUUAUCAUUCAACAAAAGGCCAACUUUUCCCGUUUAGAAGCUUUGCAAUGAUCACAUCUUUCGUAACAAUUUUUGCCGUCACCUUUGUGACGAGGUUAAAAUAUUUCAAGCACAUUUUUAAAAGGUGCGAGCAGGAAUUGUGCAACGAGGAACAAAUGGGGCAGCUAAUGAAAGACACAAGUGGUCACCUUGAAAGGGAGAACACUGCUGUUGAUCAGGAUUAUCCUGACCAGUUGUCCAAACAUCAGGCAUUAAGCCCCAGUGAAUACACUCUCACUGCCAGUUCAAGAACUGAUUUUAAAUCUGAUGUUAUGUCUAAUGGUCAUUUCAGGAAACUGGACGACAGGGUCAUUUAAGUACUGGUACUGGUAACAUUUCAGAAAACUAGAACAAACAGGGUAACCUCACGCCAGUUACUUUAUUUGUGCCAUUUGGCUAUCGAACAUUCCGAGCCUAUUGAUGUAUUCAGUGUGAACUUAUAAUUCAAAACAAUGAGUUUUAAUGGUAUCAAGCAUAGAGGGACUUAGCAAUAUUGUUGACAUAGGAGACAAACUUUUCUUAUAUUUUUCAUCAUUUUUCAUAAUUUUAAAAACUAUUGUAAAUUUAAGCAUUAAAAUUC